UGCGGUCGCUUCAGCUGCUCACGGGUCCAAAGAAAGGAAAAUCGCAUCCAGCCACGAAAAGUCGCGCCCCCCGCAUAAUAUACUCCGCAAUCCGGACAGUGGAUUGGGGAUAAUUUGUUGCGUUUGCGUGCCAGCCGCAUAUUGAGAAUUGCAAAUCGCGGGAGUCGAGGGACGAGGAUCGAGAGUCGAGAGCUGAGAUUCGAGUGGCACCAAGUCAAGAUUCGCCUCCCGUCCGCGGUUGUCUCCAUCAUUAAAUUAUUAUAAUUAGCAUAGUUGCGGGGACACACUGUCGCACAUUGUGAGUUAAACGGCAGCGGAAUUUAGCGCUGGUAGUGGAAAUUUUGUGAAAACAAAAGGGGAAAUAUUCCAGCGGCAAUAUUAUGUCUGUCGCUGGCAAUGCGAGUCAGCUGCUCGGACCGCCGCGGGACUCUCUGGCGAUUGUGGUGCCCGUCACGGUGGUCUACUCCCUGAUCUUCAUCACAGGCGUGAUUGGCAACAUUAGCACCUGCAUUGUGAUCAAGAAGAACCGCUCCAUGCACACGGCCACCAACUACUACCUGUUCUCGCUGGCCAUCUCGGACUUCCUGCUGCUUCUCUCCGGCGUUCCCCAGGAGGUAUCCUUCAUUUGGUCCAAGUACCCCUACGUCUUUGGUGAAUACUUCUGCAUUGGACGAGGACUUCUGGCUGAGACAUCCGCCAAUGCCACGGUAUUGACCAUCACAGCUUUUACGGUGGAGCGCUACAUAGCCAUUUGCCAUCCGUUCUUGGGCCAGGCCAUGAGCAAACUCAGCCGUGCCAUACGCAUCAUCGUCUUGGUGUGGAUUCUGGCCGUGAUAACAGCCAUUCCCCAGGCGGCCCAGUUUGGAAUCGAUGAUUUCGCCGGUGUUGACAGAUGCGCCGUGGUUCGGGUCAUUGUGGAGCACUCCUUCCAGCUAUCUACGUUCAUAUUCUUCCUGGCUCCGAUGUCCAUCAUCCUGGUUCUGUACCUGCUGAUUGGAUUGCAUUUGUACCGAUCGAGUUUGCUCGAAGGACCUGUUCCUCCGAGCAGGCGGCAGCAGCUAAAGAACGUGCCCAGCGAUACGGUCCUGUACCGCUAUGCGGGAUCUAGUACCGGCGUUAAUCUAAACGGGGGCAGUGGAGGCGUGACAGGAGCAGCUCUAUCAGUGGCUGGCUCGGGAGCGCAGUUGAGCUCCGUGAGGGGGCGACUCAAUCACUAUGGCACCCGGCGAGUCCUCAGGAUGCUUGUUGCAGUUGUGGUCUGCUUCUUUCUCUGCUGGGCCCCCUUCCACGCCCAGCGUCUGAUUGCCAUCUACGCCCCAGCCCGGGGGGCCAAAUUGCGGGAGCAGCACGAGUUCGUCUACACGGUGAUGACCUAUAUUUCCGGCGUGCUCUACUACCUGUCGACCUGCAUCAAUCCGCUGCUCUACAAUCUCAUGAGUAACAAGUUCCGCGAGGCCUUCAAGGCCGUGCUAUUUGGCAAGAAGCUGUCCAAGGGAUCGCUGAACUCUCGCAACCAAAUAGAAUCGCGACGCUUGCGAAGGGGACUCACCACGUCCAGCCAGACGCAGCGUGUUUCCAUUGAAUCGGCGGAGCAGCCAAAACAACCACUUAUGCAGCACCCCCUGAACGAUCGAGUGGCGCUGGCCAAACCGCAAAUCGCCUCUCAAUACGCCAUGAUCAAUGCCCAGAUCAACUGAAAUAAUCGCUAUCGCUCUCCCAUGCGGCUUCCUAAUGCUAAUUUAUUUUGAAUACUGUUUAAGCCAGAUUCCUAGGUAGUUAUUUGUCGUUAUUGUCGGUAUUGCUGCUGAAUCUACCAAAGCGUUUAGUAAAAACUGCAUUUGCUAGGCAAUCACAAGCCAAUAGAGAGUUUAAUAUUAAGUUUUUCAUUCAUGCAGUAGCGGAUCUUGAACCGGAAUCGGUCCGCUAAGUACUACGCCUGAACGAACUAGUCUAUCAAGUAUUCUUAAUUAUUAAGUUUAAGCAAAAUAUUUGACUCAAAUGAUUCUAUAAAGUUGCUCUCUUAAUUGAACUUUGGUUUAAUGCUUAGGGGCUUUUCUCUUAAAUAUAUACCAGACAGAGCGGUAUAUUUUAAAUAUUUAAUUAAUGUGUUUAUUGCUUGAAAUCAGUCAUUUAUAGAACGCCCACCACCUAGAGAUAAGAUCUUAUUUAAGAAAUACUUUGUCACACCUAGAUUCGAAAAAUA